CCAAGCCAUUUUAACGCUUUCGUGCAUUAUCUGAGGAAAAUUGUCAAUUUUUCGCUAAUUUUGUGGAUUGGAAUGCGAUUUAUCGCCUAAAACAAGUAAAAAGAGUAAAGAGACGCAUCUACAACGAUGGUAGAACAUCAAGAAACGACAAAAGAGAUGGAAAAUCUAAAUAUAAUCAUCGAGCUAAAUGAGGAUGGCAAAAUGGAAAACUUUGAUAUCGCCUUGCGGGGUUGCGAUUUGCCGUACGAAAACACGGAUGAAUAUGAAUACGAAGUCGAGGAGUUUGAGAAGACGAAGGAAUUGCAACACAAGGAGUUCAAUUGUUUGCUGGCUCGUGAGCUGAAUUGUUUUGCAUGUGCAGCAAUCUAUCGCUUUCAGUUGAUUUUCGUGAAGCGUAAGCGAAAGGUGCCUAUUAUCGAAUAUGCGCCAACAGUUCGUAACACGAUUGUGACUUCGAAUCCUGUGCCGAUUGUGCGACAACAAUAUCAUCAGUCGCCGCAAACGCAACAUUUGGUUAAAGUUGUGUCGUCACCAAAAGUUGUGAGUGUGCCAGUUGUGAGAAACAACGUAAAGACAGUUCCCAUGCGAAAUACUGUAACGUAUCAACAGCCCGUGGUUCAACAGGCAACUCGUCGAGUAGUUAUUGCACAACAACAGCCCGUGAAGAGAGACGAUGACGGACAACGCAUUCGUCAAAUGAUCGAUCAGCGACGUCAGCAACAGCAAACACAACAACAAAACACACGUUCGCAGCAAAAUAUCGUCAAAAAAGUCGUAACAACACACCAAAAGCCCCAAAAUCUCGCUCAACGAAUCGUUUAUUCGCAUGCGACAAAAACUGUGCCCGAUAUUGGAUCAAGCGAGGAAGACAUUGAAACGGAAGUAAUUGACUCGAGUAUGGUAGAAUGUGAAAUGACGUCAAAUUCAAAUUCGCCUUUGCCGAAGACGAAGAGUAAAGUUGUUGUUCAACGCGAGCCCACAGUUUCCGUAAUGGAAGAAGAAGUUGCGGCGGCGGCGGAAGAACCGAAUCCCCUGAAAUGCGAUAUGUGUCAUAAGGAAUUCCAUAGUUUACGACAACGUGAACGCCAUCGAGGAAUGUGCCCUGCAGCAACUGCAGGUCGUCAAAAAUCCGUUUCGGUAUCAGAUGAAGGAGCAAUGAGUCCCAUAAAGCAAUCGCCCAAAACACUCGUGAAACGCACGACAGGCAGCGUUGCUCAAUCUGCGAAACGAGCAAAGCUGGUUGAUCCGCUCGAAGAGGAAAUAGGCGACGAUUCGGAAAAUUGAUGACUUGAUAACGCAUGGAGGUAAAUAUAGAAUCGUAACUGGACUGCAAGAAAUUUGAAUAUUGAUUAGACAAACACACGUGUAUAGAAAAAAAUGAUAGAUUUAAUUUAAUUUCACUUUGAUUUAAAUAAUUUUCUUUAAUAUUAUACUAUAUUAUAUUUCUAAUAAACAAAAUUUAAUAAUUACAACCUCAUUCGAGGUUAUAUUUGAGUUAGAUGGAAAAAUUUAUUAAUUUUUAAUGAUAUUUUAUAUGUAUAAUUUUGUGUCAAAAAUGAAAAUAGAAGAAAUAUUAUAUAUUUGAAGGACACUCUUCAAAAACAAACUUGAGUUAAAUAA